UGGAAGCUGCUGCUCGCAGUCAGGUUCUGCUUGUUCCACGGGUGUCAAAAAGGCGGAGGCAAUUGUCCUGCACUCGCUCCGCAUGACACAAGCGUGAGCGCCGGCAGGAUCCGGCCCCGCGCCGGCCGCCUGGGCUGCGAGCCCGCGGCUUGACCCACAUUUCCCAGAGCCUGGGCAUGGCUGGGCCGAGGCUCCAGCCAGAGCAGGCUGCCAAGGAGUCCCUGGCACCUCCAGACAGCAGGAUGCAGCUGGAGAAGCCCGAGCAGGUGGAGGCUCUGAAGGCGAAGCUGCUGGAGCAGGCGCAGGAGAUCAGCAGGCUGCGCUGCGAGCUGGCUGGCACGGAGGCGGAGAAGCACCGGGCGCUGCUGGCAGCCGAGAACGAGCGCCUGCGGCAGGAGAUGAAGACCUGCGAGGGGGAGCUGCUGGAGCUGCGGCGGCGGCAACAGGCGCCGUGCCAGGACUGUGCCCACCUCCAGGAGAACGCCGAGCUGCAGGAGCGGCUGUGCCAGCUGCAGCGGGAGGCGGAGGAGACCCGGGGCAAGCUGGCAGAGCUGGAGCUGGAGGUGCAGCAGAAGACCAACCGCUUGGCAGAGGUGGAGCUGCGCCUGAAGGACUCCCUGGCUGAGAGGGCUGAGGAGGAGGAGCGGCUCAGCCGGCGGCUGCGGGACAGCCAGGAGACCAUCGCCAGCCUCAAGUCCCAGCCCCAGCAGGUCAAGUACAUCAUCAAGACGGUGGAGGUGGAGUCGGCCAAGGCGAAGCAAGCGCUGUGUGAGAGCCAGUCCCGCACCCAGUACCUGCAGGAGCAGGUGGGGAUGCAGAGGCAGGUGCUGAAGGAGAUGGAGCAGCAGCUGCAGAGCUCCCAGAAGACUGUGGCUCAGCUCCGGGCGCAGAUCGUGAUGUACGAGGCCGAGCUGGAGCGAGCCCAGGGGGAGAUGCUGGAGGAGAUGCAGGCCAUGGAGGAGGAGAAGAACCAGGCCAUCGAGGAGGCCUUCGCCCGUGCCCAAGUGGAGAUGAAGGCAGUGCACGAGAACCUGGCGGGGGUCAGGACCAACCUGCUGACGCUGCAGCCGGCCCUGCGCACCCUCACCCACGACUACAACAGCCUCAAGCGGCAGGUCCGAGACUUCCCCCUGCUGCUGCAGGAGGCCCUGAGGAGUGCCAGGGCCGAGAUCAGCCAGGCCAUCGAGGAGGUGCACAGCACCAACCGGGAGCUGCUGCGCAAGUACCGGCGCGAGCUGCAGCUGCGCAAGAAGUGCCACAACGAGCUGGUGCGGCUGAAAGGCAACAUCCGAGUGUUCGGGAGGGUCCGGCCCAUCACCAAGGAGGACGGCGAGGGCCCCGAGGCUGCCAGCGCCGUCACCUUCGACGCCGACGAUGACUCCGUCCUGCACCUCCUGCACAGGGGCAAGCAGGUGUCCUUCGAGCUGGAUAAGGUCUUCCCCCCUCAGGCAUCCCAGGAGGAGGUGUUUCAGGAGGUUCAGGCCCUGGUCACCUCCUGCAUCGAUGGCUACAACGUCUGCAUCUUUGCCUAUGGACAGACAGGGGCAGGAAAAACCUACACCAUGGAGGGGACGGCAGCCAACCCUGGGAUCAACCAGAGGGCCCUGCAGCUGCUCUUCUCCGAGGUGCGGAGCAAGGCGGCCGACUGGGACUACGCCAUCAGCGUCAGCGCCGCCGAGAUCUACAACGAGUCCCUCAGGGACCUGCUGGGGAAGGAGCCCCAGGAGAAGCUGGAGAUCAAGCUGUGCCCCGACGGCAGCGGGCAGCUCUACGUGCCGGGGCUGACCGAGCUCAGGGUGCAGAGCGUGGAGGACAUCAACAAGGUGUUCGAAUUUGGCCACCUCAACCGGGCGACGGAGUGCACCAACCUGAACGAGCACAGCUCCCGCUCCCACGCCCUCCUCAUCGUCACGGUCCGUGGGCUGGACCGCAGCACCGGGCUGCGCACCACAGGGAAGCUGAACCUGGUGGACCUGGCGGGGUCGGAGCGGGUCGGGCGGUCGGGCGCGGAGGGCAGCCGGCUCCGGGAGGCGCAGCACAUCAACAGGUCGCUGUCGGCGCUGGGCGAUGUCAUCUACGCCCUGCGCUCCCGCCAGGGCCACGUCCCCUUCCGCAACUCCAAGCUCACCUACCUGCUGCAGGACUCCCUCAGCGGCGACAGCAAGACCCUCAUGAUGGUGCAGGUGUCCCCUGCCGAGAAGAACAGCAGUGAGACUCUCUGCUCCCUCAAGUUCGCCGAGAGGGUUCGCUCUGUGGAGCUGGGUCCUGGCUCCAGGAAAGCUGAGCUGACCUCCUGGCCCAGCCAGGAGCACCUGGAGGGUGACUCUGCAGGGGCCUCAGCCCCCUCCAGCCGGGGCCACGCAGCCCCCAGCCCGGGGCAGCUCUCCAGCCGCUCCGCCUCCAUCCGCAGGAAGCUCCAGACCUCAGGCAAGCUGAGGCCAGUCCCCGUGUGAGCAGUGCCAGCCCCUGGCACUAAACCUGCUGCAGGACCCAGAGAAGCAGCUGCUGGAAGACACAAAGAGCUUUUGGUGCCAUUCCCACACCCCCCAGGACCUGUGCCCAGGGGGUGCCAGGCACCUCUCACCGGGAGCCAGCACACAGCCUCCAGGGCUCCAGCAGCCAGAGCAGCAGCUCGGGGGGGUUGGGCAAGGAGCUGUCCCCCUCCCCCCGGCUCCCUCAGCUCUGUGACUUUGUUUUCACUGAACAGAGAGUUUGGAGCCAGAGCAGGGAAGCUGCUGGGUGCUCCCUCCACGGAGAGGAGCAGUGGAGGU